AUGACGUCAAAGAACAUCAAACAUCAGAAGGACUAUGAGAAGAACGUGACAGAUGAAGACAUGAUCCUCAAACUGGGGAAGCUGGCUUUUCAGCAGCUUGUGAAGGGAAAUCUGAUCUUCUAUGAGGAAGACCUGAGAGAGUGUGGCAUUGAUGUGACAGAAGCAUCAGUGUACUCAGGAUUGUGCACUCAGAUCUUCAGAGAGGAGUUGGGCUUGUAUCAGGGGAAAGUCUUCUGCUUUGUUCAUCUGAGCAUUCAGGAACAUCUAGCAGCUCUAUAUGCACAUCUCUCUUUUACCAACAACAACUACAAUGUGUUUGACGAAACCAAACAAAGUCUGUUCUCCAAAGUUUUCAAAUGGAUGAGUUCAGUAUCUAAGUUACAUCAGAAAGCUGUAGAUGAUGCUUUACGGAGCAAGAAUGGACAUCUGGAUCUUUUCCUGCGUUUCCUUCUGGGUCUCUCAAUGGAGUCCAAUCAGGCUCUCUUGAAAAAACUACAGACACAGGCAAGAUGCUGCUCCUACAACAAAGAGGAAACAGUUCAGUACAUCAUACAGAAGAUCAGGGAGAAUCGCUCUCCAGAGAAAUCCAUCAAUCUAUUCCACUGUCUGAAUGAACUGGGUGAUGAUUCACUGGUGCAGGAGAUCCAAGAUUAUCUGAGAUCUGGAGAAAUAAGAGAAACCAAACUCUCCUCUUCACAGUGGUCAGCUCUGGUUUAUGUGUUGCUGACAUCAGAGCAGAAGAUGGAUGUGUUUGAUCUAAAACAGUUUAUUGGAGCUCAACAUACAGCAGGUGACGUUCUUCAGAAGCUGCUGCCUGUGAUUAAAGAAUCCAGAUCAGUUCAGCUACAUAGCUGUUAUCUCACUGAUCAUUGUUGCAGAAGUUUGUCUUCAGUUUUACAAUCCCCAAACUCUAUCCUGAGAGAGCUUGACCUGAGUAACAAUGAUCUGCUAGAUUCAGGAGUAAAGUUUCUUUCUGAUGGAUUGAAGAGUCCAAACUGUCAGUUGGAGAUACUGAAGUUAUCUGGCUGUAUGGUGACAGAGGAAGGCUGUGGUUAUUUGUCUUCAGCUCUUAGUUCAAACCCCUCACACCUGAGAGAGCUGGAUCUGAGCUACAAUCACCCAGGAGAUUCAGGAGUCAAGCUGCUCUCUGAUACACUGAACAAUCCAAACUGCACACUGGACAAAUUCAAUGUGGAUCAUGGAGGAGGGUUCAGGAUUACAGCAGGACUACAAAAAUAUGCCUGUGAUCUCACAGUGGAUCCAGACACAGCACACAAUCAUCUCAUUCUGUCUGAGGAAAACAGAAAGGUGACACAUGUGAGAGAAUAUCAGUCAUAUCCUGAUCAUCCAGAGAGAUUUGACAAGACUCUUCAAGUUCUGUGUAGAGAGAGUCUGUCUGGACGCUCUUACUGGGAGGCUGAAUCGAGUGGAGAUGCUGUUAUAUCAGUGACAUAUAAAGGAAUCAACAGGAAAGGACGGAGUGAUGAUUGUGUGUUUGGACGCAAUAAGAACUCCUGGAGUCUGAGACGCUCUAAUGACAAAUUCACUGUGUGUCACAAUAACAAGUUCACCGACAUACGUGUCUCUUUAGGCUCAUGUAGGAGAGUAGGAGUGUACGUGGACGUGUCAGAUGGGACUCUGUCCUUCUACAGUGUCUCUGACACGCACACACUCACACAGUUGCACACAUUCACCUCCACAUUCACUGAGUCUCUCUGUGCUGGAUUUAGGGUUUAUGGUUUGAACUCAUCAGUGUCUCUAUGUGAGAUUAAAAAUCCUGUGAGCAACAACAAAGAUGGCACACCCAGCCCACUCUCUCUUUGAACUGUUGCCCUCUGGCUGGUGCUACAGGGCACUGACCACCUGAACAGCCAGGCACAAGAUCAUUUUCCCCCCACAGGCUAUAUUCAGCCUGAACAGUUAAAACUCUCAUGACUAUACAGUAUCCACCAUAACUAUGCAUUUGUA